CGCAGAACCACAAAGUAUCAUUUCUCGCAGGUAGCAGAAACUGUCAGAGCAGCGGUCCCGGCUCCGGGGGCGGGCCAUGCGUCUCCAGAGCGGGGCUUCCCUCCGCCGCCUGGCCGCGUGUCUCCCUCUCUCCUCGGGCUCCCGUGGUCACUCGUGUCUCAGUCGGUCCGCUGCUGUCAUGGCGGAGGAGGCGAAGAAGCUGGCGGCCCACGCCGCCGUGGACAACCACGUCCAGAACAACCAGGUGGUGGGAGUGGGCAGUGGCUCGACCAUCGUCUACGCCGUGGACAGAUUAGCGGAGAGAGUGCGCCAAGAAAAGCUCCACAUCGUGUGCGUGCCCACCUCCUUCCAGGCUCGGCAGCUGAUUCUGCAGCACGGCCUCACGCUGUCGGACCUGGACAGGCAUCCCGAGCUGGAUGUGGCGAUCGAUGGAGCAGAUGAAGUGGAUGCAGAGCUGACUUUAAUCAAAGGUGGAGGUGGCUGUCUGACUCAGGAGAAGAUCGUAGCUGGCUGUGCAAAGUAUUUUGUCGUCAUUGCCGACUACAGGAAGGACUCUAAAGCUCUGGGCCAGCAGUGGAAGAAGGGCGUUCCCAUUGAAGUCAUCCCCAUGGCGUACGUCCCCGUGUCCAGGAUGAUAGCCCGGCGCUUCGGAGGGGAAGCCAGCUUAAGGAUGGCUGUCAGCAAAGCUGGCCCUGUCGUCACGGACAACAGCAACUUCAUCCUGGACUGGAAGUUUGAGAGCGCUCAGAACUGGAGGGAAGUCAACACUGCGAUCAAGAUGAUUCCAGGUGUGGUGGAGACGGGGCUCUUCGUCAACAUGGCUGCACGGGCGUACUUCGGCAUGGAGGAUGGAAGCGUGCAGAUCCGGGAUGCUCCGGCCCACUGAUGCCUCGUGUUCAUCACCGUCUCCUCUGCUGUUUGGAACAACCUCACCUCUCCCUCAAGUGCCAUUAUCACAGUCCUCUCCCCUUCCUGUACCAAGCUGAAUCAGGGAAGUUUUCACCCAUAACAGAAUAAGUUACAGACUGAGGACGACGCGAUCCUUCUCCUCCAGCAGGUGGUGCUUCAGAUUUGAUGAGUUUUGAUUUUGCUUGAUGAGGAAAAUAAGCUCGCACUGGGAAUGUUGCUGUAAUUAGGGGUUUGACUGGCCGCAGAACUGCGGUUCUGCAGCAGAAUAAAACUAAUAUGUGCCUUAAAAUUAAGCUAUUACAUUCAACGGGUCAGCUGCAUGUGUCACAGUAUCUGCUGGCUGGUCACAAUGAAAAUGCUCACGAAUCAAAUCCCAAGACAAAUUUAUUCUGUUAAUUGUGUUACUAAAAUGAGUUGAUGCAGCAGCAAAGAGGAUUGCAGUCCUGAAACAGUGUGUGGUGCCGGGAUCAGCAGACUUGAUGUGUGACAUGACGUGUCCUCCACAUAGCAAACUGUUGCUGCGUGCUCUAAGAAAUAUUGAUUCCUGGUGUAGAAGCAGAGAUGAAAUAACAUUGUUGGAAAAACAAACAAAAACAUGUUGUUAUUCUUGCUCUUCCAAACAGUGAAGCUGCGUGUGUCAUCCAGCUGUGCUGUGGCUUAUUUUCAUCUUUUUGUGAGCACAUGGAGAAUUGUUUUCUUCAUCUCAGCCGUUUCUGAAACUGCAUACUCUUUAUUUGUUAUUGGUACGUACUGAUAUUGCCAAACUGUAGCAUGCAAACAAUUACAGCCUGCAUGAAGCAAAAUGUUACUUCUGGAAGAAAUUCCAGUAUGCAACUCCCCAGUCAGUCUUGCAUGUGGUAUCCCAUAAUAUAUACUGUAAUGUGCCACUACUGCAGAAGCCUGUCACAGCUUCUGGUUAAGUGCUUUCCCAGUGGAAUACAGAACGUUAGCCAUACUAGUAUGCAGGACCUGGUGCAUACUAACGUAUGGACAGUAUGCAGUUUGAAAAAUGGCUUGUUUUCAUUUCUCUCCACCCCCCAGAUCAGUCGGCGAGUUAAGACAUCUGCACAUCUGCGCCUAUUCAGAAAACAGAAUGUCUGUACUUGCACACAUGCCCUCACCUCCACUGUGUUGGUCUUUCUGUGCCUGUAAGUGAUUUCCAUGAUGGUUACAUUCUCAACAAAGCUGACUGGUCACAGAAGGUCUUCUGUCUUUGGGCUUGAUUUAACAGUUUAAAGAUGAUGGGUAGUUAUAAUGUUUAAUAGUAAAAUGAUAUCACAUACUGGUACGGUUACCACAAGCAUUUUUUUGUGUGCCUUGGCAUGCCGAGUAAAGAGAGCCUCUUUUUGUAACGUAGAAGUAGCAGUAUUCAGGGUGUGACGCUGGGCAGCACUGGCAUGUCGUCAGAAGCUGCAUGAGCAGGGGUUUUAGUCACUCAGUAUUCUUUAUCCAAAAGACAUUUCAACAUAACCAAAUGCCACAGACCACUGGCUUUACCAAACUUUCACAAAGAAGCAGAACAUGUGCAGCGGGGAAAACAAUUCUGUACAUUUGAUCUGUAUUGGUGUCUUUUUAAAAGACAGUAGUAAGUCAAGUCUUGAGAACUGCUUUGUGCAGCUUUAUUUUUGAAAUUUUAUAGAGAUUGAGUUGCAUGUGACAUUACUACCCUUACUGUACCUCGAAUAGUUGAUUUAGUCAUCAGUAUUCCCAUUAAAUAAAAAGUUUAAUGUGGCGUUCUACAAAGCAGGUUACUUUCUGCUGUUUGGAACUGGUGAUCAGCUAACAAUGCCUUAGCCUCUGGCUUAUUUUGUGUGUUUUUUGUAGUAUUUACAUCUACGAGACCCAUAUCAUCCAGGCUGGGAGAUGUGACAGAAAUAAGGAAACUCAAUUCGUAUGCAACUUUCUUCACAGCUCGCUGUAAGACAUGUGGUCAGAUUUUGGUUCCAGCCUCAUUCUCAAAAAGAGGAAACGGAUUGUUUAUAUUCUUCGUCUUCUCUCAGCCCUGGUGGCCUGGAAAUAGCAUGGUUCAAAAAAGAAAAAGGUGUACAUGAUGGGUAUUUUUUGCACCAGCCUAUCCUUUUCUCCACUAACCAGUUGACUGUGAAUUAUUUUCUGUGAAUGUAACAUAUAUUUUUCCAGUCAACACGGGACCAAAAUGAUGAUGAGCAUGCUUCCUUGUUUUACUUUGUGAUUAUCCGGUACAAGUUAUUUAGUCCACAACAUAUGUUUGAGUACGGAGCUCAUUCCAAACCUGUAACCUGAGAUUAAACUGUCAAUUGAAUGCAAAAAGAUGACAUGAAAAAUUGUUCUUUCUCAAAUAAAUGGAUUU